ACAAUUCAAUGUGAUGUCCUUUUUUUUAUGAUGUCAUGUGUGUUUACACAGAAAAAAUAUACCUUAAAUAUUCAAUAAAUAAAUCUUUAAAAACAACAAAACAUGAAAAGGGGAUUUUUACGUACCAUUAUUUUUAUAUUGUGGAACAUUAGCAAUGUUUUCGGUUACCGAAUUUUUUAUAUGAAGGAAUCAGGAAGUUGCUCUGGUAAUUUAGUGGAAAUAAAUAUCGGAUCAUUCUCUCGAAAUUCAUCUGGGAUAUUAAUGAGUGGUAAAAGUAGCAUUUAUGAACCUGCUUUAAACUGUUCGAUUUAUUUAAGAGCACCACUUUCCUAUGGUGUUGUUAUAAGUAUUAGAAAUAUUGACUUACAACCUAUGACAGAUGAUUGUGAGAACUAUGUAGAGAUUUCUCCUGUUGAACAUCAUGGAUUGGUGAAACUUUGUGGCUACAGUCAUGAUCAAUUUGAAUUUCAAUCUUAUAUUAGUAGGAAAGAUACGCGAAUCUCAUUUCACACCUCUAAUUAUACCUCUCAGAAAAAAGCAUCCUUUCAAUUGACAUUUACAGCAGUAAGGAAUGGGUUCUGCUUUAAAGAUGAAAAACGCUGCCGUAAUCAUAACUGCAUUUGGAAAGGUCUAGCUUGUGAUGGACAUAAUAAUUGUGGAGAUUUAAGUGAUGAAUUUGAUAAGCAUAUUUCUCAAUGUUCUACUAUGUCACCUGGUGAAUCUUUGGCUGUCAUACUUGUUACCAUAAUAGGUUCCUUGAUUUUAUUGUUCAUCGCUGCCUAUUUAAGAGGUCCCAAAAUCACCCAACAGAUCGAGAGACUCUCACAAACUAAUCAAAACAACGAUAAUUUAGAUGUUCCUGUAGCACGAAGUUUGGGUUCAUCAAGAACUCCUGGUCCGUCUUUAAGAACUCCGAUUCCUGGUCCGCCUUUAAGAACUCCAAUUCCUGGUCCGUCAUGGAGAAUUUCAACUCCUGGUCCGUCAUCAAGAACUACAAUUCCGGCUUUAAACAGGAUCAGUACUAAUUAUGGAUCUAUAAGUCAAUUUUUUACUUCGUGUGAUUUUGAUGAUGUGAUAUACCCAGAUCCACCUCCUCGUUAUGAAGAAUCCGUUAGACCAAGUUCUUCGUCACAGUUUCCUGUAAUUUCAUCCCAAAUAUUUCCACAGGUUUCUGCUGAUUCUAGAAACGGAAAUCAUGUUGAACAGUCGUAAUUGACUUAACCUAUGCCAUUUAUUUUUUUUCUAAAAAGCGUAAUAUUAUUGCAAAUAUACAUAUUUUUCUCCAGCGUUACCAAGAAAGUUUCAUUGAUUUCAUUGUUCAUCGCUGCCUAUUUAAGAGGUCCCAAAAACAUCCACAAGAUUGAGAGACUCUCGCAAACCAAUCGAAUAAACGGUAAUUUAGAUGCUCCAGGCACAAAGUUAGGGUUCAUCAGGAACUCUAACUCCUGGUUCUUCUUUAAAAACUCCAAUUCCUGGUUCGUCAUCAAGAACUCCAAUUUCUGGUCCGUCCUCAAGAACUGCAAUUCCUACUUUACACAGAAUCAGUACUACUUAAGGAUCUAUAAGACAAUUUUUCACUUCUUGUGAUUUUAGCAAUGUGAUAUACCCAGAUCCACCUCCUGGUUAUGAAGAAUCAGCUAGAUCAAGUUCUUCAUCAAAAUUUUCUGGAAUUUCAGCUCAUAUAUUUCCACAUGUUUCUAUUGAUUCUAGUAACGGAAAUCAUGUUAAACGGCCGUAAUUGACUUAAAACUUAUGCUAUUUAAUUUUUAUGUUUUUUAAUCUGAUGCUCACUGGUGAAACUCAAAGAAAGUUUCGUGAAUUUAAUGAAUACUUAUAACUGAUUCAAUUGUAGAUAUCAUUUUUUUAGUCAUUUAUCUAUAGUAAGUUAUAACUCUUAUGUAAAACUUUCUAUAAAUACAAGAAAAAGGCUUAGGUUUUGCAUCAGAAAAAACUGAAUUUGCUGACCUAUAUAUAUUCCAAGAUAUACCAAAAUUAUGAUGUAUAUCAAGCUAUUGAGAAUUUUUAUAAAUGGUUUGAUGGUACUAACAGGUUUGUUCUGAUGUUCAAGUUUGCAAAAAAAUGUAUGUCUACGUGAAAAUUGUAACUAUAAUUGUUUGUAUUCUUCUAUUAUCAGAGAAAUUGUGAAUAUUUACUUAAUAUAACAUUAGUGGGGCUUGGAGUGCCUGAGUCUUUACACAGUAGUUGGAGCUGUUGUGGUGGGAGGUGAUGUUACUUGUGUUUGAGUGAUAAAUAUUUAUUAAUUA